AUCCACAAAGUUGCAUCACUGCUCGUAAAUGUACACUUCCUCCUGUCUACCACAUCUCUCUGAACAACAUUCACGUCUGCCAACACUAAACACACUUUGAAUCAAUAACAACGACUGAAGACACAACAGGGCCGAUGGAAGAGUCAAUCAACACCAUUCGCCCGCUCUUCCAGUCGUGUUUCGAGCGCUUGACUGCCGACCAGUGGCACUUGGUGGCCUCGGGCAGACCGGACAUCAACACCAAACACAUACUGGCACACAUGCUGGUGAAAGUCCUCGGUGACCUCUCGGGCGUCUGGUCCAACCCAGGUGUGAAGCGGAAUCGACUGCACGAGAGUGUGAACAGCUCGGUCACCCUCAGUAUCAAGGAGACGCUGGGAAUCAAGUCGGUGUACAGUCCCAGCACGGACAAACUCACAGAGCUCAUCUCAACAGAGGUCGAAGACCUAGUGAAGACGCCGCGGACGCAAACUCGGAUCACUACCCCGCACAGACUCAACGCCAUGAUUAUUCUGCUGUGCAACAUCCUGGAGGCAAUGGCAGGGAAGCAAAAAAAACAAGCCAAGGUGAAACAAAGUAUAUUCAGGAGGAAACAGACCACCCCGCGCCAGAGCACACAGUCUGUCCAGGACAUCAUCCUUGACGAGGUGAAUCAAAUCCUUAAACCCAUUCUGGAUGAUAUGUCGCGCACAGAGUACAAAAUGCUGAAAGAGGAGUUUUCCGCUGAUAUUGCAGACAUUGCUCGGACUGUUACGGAGUCCAUGAGGCCACAGGGGACAGGAGGUCCUAAAUCCCCACAGCAGAGUCACAGACUGGUCCAGGUGAACGUGAAGAUCUGUGACUUUUUCGCAAAGAUGUUCAUCAGAGCCUCCAUGUGUCAAAUAACGUCCCAAAUAAAAGCCAAGUUCACCAGAGAGGCCAAAGUCACAGACAGCGAGUCGUUCCGGUCACUGAUGGUUGACGUUGAAUACGUGCUGCGCACAACUGACGAGACCACGCUGAGCGCCCAAACAUGGCAACUCAGUACACUGCUCUACACGCACGUCACCGGUCAGACGCGGCAAGCGAGGCGGAGGGCGCCCGUCAGCGUCCCCCGGCGGCAUUACAGCAUGUAUCUAGACAUACGUGGCAGAGUGAUCCGUUUCCUGUCACUGUUUUGGUGGUGGCUGAGCAACCAAGUCAUCUCCACAGUGCAAUGUUCAAUUUGACAAACACUGAGCUCUAGUGGCAACAUUGCUCUGCAAGAACGAGCGCCCGGAGGAUAAAGAUGGCUGGAUCUGUGUUUCGGACUGAAUGUAUCUUCUGGGAGAUGAAAUUUGAAGGCACCAACAACGUUACUUCAAAAGAUGUUGACGGACUUUAGAAGUCAUUUUGACAUUUAUAUAAAGUGAAUGUGAUAGUGGUUCACAGCAUAUACAACAGAUUCUUUUGAAGUUAACUGCUACAUUUCGCUGUCCCUGCUAAUACUAAAAUAAAUACAAUCAGGCCGAGUAAAAAAGAAAAAAAUGUGUUAUUCUCUUUUCUUUCUUUCUUUUUUUUUUAGCUUUGCCUACUCAGUCUUUACUGAGCUGCUGCUGUAAGGAAAUGAAAUAAAAUGCUGGGCCAAAAUGAAUAGAGCCUCUCAAAAAACAAGUGUGAGCCUUCAAGUUAAAAUGCUUCAAAUGAAAGUGGAAAAUGUCUUUUCAAAGCAUUCUUCAUUUUGUUUUGAAUGGAAACAAACGUGUGGUACGGCUAAUUUUAGUGGCAACUGCAGCCUAUUUUGCAGGUAACCGUGUUUUGCACAACAUCAUCAGAUAAUAUAGAUGAAGUGCUGUUUUUCCUUUGGAAAUAAGUCAUCAGUCUUUUGGGUAAUGUUUGACUUUGAUCAAUUCCGGUUCAGAAUCUGAUUUUUCUUACGAUUCCAAUGUUUGAUUCCAGUAUGAAAAAAAAAAAGUAAAAUAUUAACAAAAAUAAUGCAAUAUUUUAAGCCUUUUGUUUGU